UUAAGUCAUACACACAGAAGCCAGAGAGGAUUUUCACCUUACCCACCUCUGUCUCCACCAUCCAUAACCACCUUCUCUCUCUCUCUCUCUCUCUCUCGAUCGAGUAUUGAGCUCAGAUUUCUGAAUCCCGAAUUCGCCGGAAUUCUGAUCGGAGAAAGGGUUCUGUUUGGGUUGAAAUCGGAGGAAGAGUUUGAAUCCGUCUACUGAUAUUUUCUUCGGGAGAUUCUGUUUCGCUGCUGCAUUUUGAUUCACCGAGAAGGAGAUGGAUCGCCGGAGUUGGCCCUGGAAGAAGAAAUCUUCGGACAAAUGCGCAGCCGCCACAGAGAUUGUUGCUUCUCAAGGAGAGCAGGACGGUAACAAGAAGCCAAGUUACAUUCAGAUCUCCUUUGAACAAUACUCGCAGCUAACUAGUUUGAAGGAUGAAGUCAAGAAGUAUGAGGGACAAGUUCAGGAGUUGGAAGAUCAGAUCAAGGAUCUCAACGACAAGUUAUCAGCCGCUGAUGCGGAAAUCACCGCAAAAGACAGCUUGGUGAAACAGCAUUCUAAAGUUGCUGAGGAAGCUGUCUCAGGUUGGGAGAAAGCCGAAGCAGAAGCUUCGGCUUUGAAAACUCACCUUGAAUCGGUAACACUGUCAAAGUUGUCUGCUGAAGACAGGGCCGAACAUUUAGACGGUGCCCUUAAGGAGUGUAUGAGACAGGUACGGAGUUUAAAGGAAGAGAAUGAGCAGAAGCUGAAAGAUGUUAUUGUAUCCAACACCAAGCAAAUGGACAAAGUGAGGGUUGAGUUUGAAGCCAAGGUUGCAGACUUCGAACAAGAACUCCUACAAGCCGCAGCUGAAAACGAUGCCCUCUCAAGAUCGUUGCAAGAACGAUCAAACAUGCUUAUUCGGAUAAGCGAAGAAAAAUCGCAAGCAGAAUCCGAGAUCGAGCAUCUCAAGAGCAAUAUCGAGUCUUGUGAAAGGGAAAUAAGCUCUCUCAAGUAUGAACUGCACGUCAUUUCCAAAGAGUUGGAAAUCCGUAACGAAGAGAAGAACAUGAGCAUGCGGUCAGCGGAAGCAGCAAACAAACAAAAUAUGGAGAGUGUCAAGAAAAUCGUGAAGCUUGAAGCCGAAUGCCAACGAUUACGAGGUCUUGUGAGGAAGAAACUUCCAGGUCCUGCAGCUCUUGCACAGAUGAAAAUGGAGGUUGAGAGUUUAGGCAGAGACUACGUUGAUUCUCGAAUUAGGAGAUCACCCGUCAAGCCAUCUAGUCCUCUGAUGUCUCCAAUGUCACAAUUCUCUCACAUUUCCGAGUUCUCCCUCGACAAUUCACAGAAGUUCCACAAAGAAAACGAGUUCCUGACAGAACGGUUACUGGCAAUGGAGGAAGAGACAAAAUUUCUGAAAGAAGCUUUGGCGAAACGUAACAACGAGCUUCAAGUGUCGAGGAAUCUUUGCGCUAAGACGGCAAACAAACUACAAUCCUUGGAAGCUCAAUGGAUGAGUAAAAGUCCCACUAGACAAAAUGCAAGUAAUCCUCCUAGUUUGGCGUCCCUGUCUGAGGAUGGAAAUGAGGAGACAAGAAGCUUGACUGGGUCCUGGUCAACAAUGGCGAUGUCUGACUUGUCUCAAUCCAACAGGGAUAAGAGCAGUUUGAAGAUCAACAAGGCUGAUAGUGUUAACCACUUGGAGCUUAUGGAUGAUUUUCUCGAAAUGGAAAAGCUUGCUUGUCUAUCAAACGACUCAAACGGUAACGGUUCUACCGAUAUUUCUGAUUCUCCAAACAAGAAAAGAUCUGAUAUGGACGAUGAGCAACAACCAGCGAUUCAGCUCAAGAAAAGAAUCUCCAACUUGCUUCAGUCUCUCCCGAAGGAUACUGCCAUUGAUAAGAUCUUGGCUGAGUUUCAGUUCGUCAUUAGAGAUAAGGCUUCUGAAAGUCACGAUCUUUCAGGAGAGGCUGCUUCAAGGGCGGAAAAUGAGAGAAUGAGUCAAGAAUUGGUUGAUGCUCUUUCUAGGAUUCACAGGUUUGUCUCCUUCCUCUCAAAAGAUUCAAGGGCAUCUCAGGAUUCAUUUGCCGAGGGCCGAUCUUUCAUAAAAAAGAUUGAGGAAUUCUCUGCCACAUUUGAUAAAGUCUUACUCGAUGAGAAGACUUUGAUCGACUUCCUACAUGAUCUUUCUCAUGUUUUAGCGCAAGCAAGUGAGCUGAAAAUUGCAGUGUUGGGAUUUAACGUUUCCGAGUUGGAGAUUCACAGCCCUGAUUGCAUUGAUAAGGUUGCUUUACCUGAAAAACGAGCAAUUCAAGACUCAUCAGAUGAACAUGACCAAAACAACUGUUCUGAUACCUUGAUUCCCGAAGAUGGCAAUGUAAUUUCUAGUUACGAGCCAAAGCCAUCACCAUGUAAAUUCACAGCCGAAGAGUUCGAGGCAUUGAAAAUGGAGAAAGAGAAAGUGGAUGCCGAACUCGCUAGUUGCCUAGAAAGCCUCGAGGAAUUGAAAUCUAAGCUGGGAGAAACAGAACAACAGCUCGAAGAAGUGAAGUCCGAAUUGGAAUCUGCUCGGAAAUCGAAUAGCUUAGCUGAGACGCAGCUGAAAUGCAUGGUGGAAUCCUACAGGUCUCUCGAAACAAGAUCGACCGAGUUGGAGAAUGAAGUGAACUCGCUGAAAGAAUCGAUCGAAAGCUUAGAAGACGAGCUUCAUGAGGAAAAGCAAGGUCACCUCGAGGCUUCAACCCGAUGUCAAGAACUUGAAGAACAAUUGCAAAGGAACCACGGAUGUCCAGACUGUUCAUCAGGAGAGACUGACCAGAAAAAGACACAGGAGAAAGAGCUGGAGGCUGCUGCAGAGAAAUUAGCAGAGUGUCAAGAGACGAUACUGCUUCUCGGGAAGCAACUUAAGUCGCUGCGUCCUCAAGCCGAGCAAAUGGAACAAACCCUAAACCUCGAGAGCGAAAUCUCGAAUUCUAGAUGUCGCCGAGAAGAAGAUCAAACUGAAUCAGAGACGGGAGAGAGGGGCUCGAAUUCAGACAAGGAGAUGACAGUAACGACGAUGAAAUCUCCCGUUUCAUCGAAGAUGGCGAAACAUAGACACACCAAGUCAAGCUCUGUCUCAGGAGUUGCACAUGAGAAACACUCCAGAGGACUCAGCAGAUUCUUCUCCUCCAAAGCAAAGUAACUCAAUAAUAAUAAUAAUAAUAAUAAUAAUAAUAUGGUAUCUGUUAUUUCUUUCUCUUCUUCUUCUUCUACUUGUGAAAGCCUGUGAAAAUAUAUUUUCAUGUAUUCUUUUGGACUAACUGUUUUGUAUAUGCUAUCUAUAUCUAUAUCUUUAUAUACA